GGAGGUAUGAGGUCGGGAGCAGGAAUAUCUUGACGGAAGGAAAUAUUCUCUCCAUAUUUUUCAUUUCCAAGACAUGUGGCUGUGGAUUUUCCUCCCUGUGAGUCUCUCGCUGACAUCCUUCAUUGGAACGUGGGCAGUAUACGGCUUAGCCUCGUCCAGCGGACAUGUGUGCUUGCUCACCGACUGGCAGGGGCAGAACUUCUGCACAGUCAAUCACACUGAGGACUGCUGCAGGGUUCCCACCAUUAGCACCAGCGGAGCCUCCCCGCCGGAGAAUUCACUUUUCACGGCGACCAUCAACGCCGGCUCCUUCCUGUUUUUCCUCUUCUGCAUAUUCCACCAUGCCCACGUGAUGGAGAAAAACGCGCGUCACGGCACAAUGAGCAGGUUGGCGCUGGUCUUCGGCGUGGGGGCAUCUCUGGGAUCAUUUGCCGCCGGAAACUGCAACCCCGGUUACCUGACCCUGCUCCACCACAUGGGGGCGGGGGUGAGCUUCAUAUGCCUUUGCUGCUACGCCGUCCUGCUCACCGCACUGACGAGGAGAUGCCAGCUGACGGGCUACGAGAAUUUUCUCUACCCACUGCGCAUCGUGUCCACUGUGCAACAGACCAUCCUCACCGUCUGCUACGCUUUUUGCUUCGGCCAGCACGACUACCACUACGUUCACCUGUCGGCCGUGUUCGAGUGGCUCCUCAGCGCCAACCUGGAGCUUUUCGAGCUCACCUACGUGGCCGAGUUCAGCUUCUUCUCCUCCUACAUGCUGUCCAACCUGUACGGCCCGCGCGACGAGGACGGGCCGUUCAUGUUGGCCUAACGCGCACGCUAACUCGCGCAAAGGCUGCCCAGGUCCAGCUGGAGAACGAGUACGACGGGACCGUGAAUGCGACGUGAGGAUUUUAUGACGACUGACUGUCGGGAUCCAUAUUUAUUCACGCGUGAGCUAUCGUUGUGAAGAUCACUCAUGGUUGGGGUGUACAGUACAUUGAGUUGAUGCUUUGUAUACCUCAUAUCCUGUCGCGCUGGAUUCCUACGACAGUGCUCUUGGCCUCAGGGGCGGAUGUCGUUACCCCCCCUGGGCAUUUUGUUAAGGUGUAGAAAAUAAUCAGGUCCAGAAUCCGAUCACCUUUUCAUGUUUAGGUGACAGGAAAUUAUGCAAGUACUAACCCACUCAAUAUGAAGUGUACAGUUGUGCCUCGAGUGAUCAGACUUAUCGAGAUUCGAGCUAUCGUUUGACUAGUGAAAUUUGAUACGAGCCCUGUAUAGUUGCAUUAAAAUCUGCUAUCUUAAUGCUAACAGAUAAAACACCAUAGAUGGGCUAAUGAAACUAACACCGACGUUGCAUCGUUAAGCAAUACACUGUGUAUUUGAGCACAAAUGAUGGAGCAACAUGUCGACAGAUGACAUAUUACCUACAGGCAUAUAUUCUUUAUCUUCCGCAAAGAACAGUGUUAGGUUACUGGAAAGUUGAAGCCCACCUCCAUGUAUUCUAUACCUAAUUUUCUGUAUUAUACUGUCCCCGGGGGCCGAGGGUUGCACACCAGAAGGUCCAGCGCAAUGUCUAUCAAAUUGAAGCAAAAAAAAUGUGGCAACAAGUUUUAGUUUCUAUACAUUCUAUUUAAUUCAUCACUAAGUUUUUUUUUUUUUUUUUUUAAGUUCCAAUUCAUUCAUUUCAAUGGGGAAAGAUGAUUUUCAAGGUUUUUAGUUACAAGCAUGGUCUUGAAAGAAAUUAACUCAUAUUUCAAGGUGCCACUGUAUCCACUAACGCGGUUGAACUUCACCCAGCAAUCAUUUAUGUGUCGCGCAUCACAUACCAACACUAAUCUGUGGAUGCCAACAACACUCGAUGCAGCUCUGCCUACCUUUUGGCUUUGACAGACUGACUGCCUGUGUAUGGAAAACCACGAGCAUUUAUUCAUUACUGUAUAUCUGCAUCUAUCUAGAUCCAGUUUAAGAUUGGACUAGGCCAAAAGCGGCACUAGUGAUGGGAAAAGAUUACAUGCAAGAGCUGUUCUUUUAGUGCACUUGUCAUACUAGUGAGGAUGGAGUGCACGAGUACAUAGACUGGAUAAACUGGAUAUUAUUUGGGGGGGGGGGCUCAAAUUCACCAAAACGUGAGUCCAAUUUUCAGUGUCUUAAUUAAUCUCUCAACCUAGGGAGGAGAGGAGGGAGUAAGAAACCAUGUGCGAGAAAAAAAAAAAAAAAGGUUAAAAACAGAAAACUUCAAAGUUGAAGUAAAUUUGAAUUUUGCGUCACUUUCGGGAUGUCUGCGGGUGGGACAAAGACAACAGCUGCAGCGGCCUGUCGAUUUAAUGCAAAGCACUUAACCUUUACUUGAAAGAAGGUAAUAUACAUCCUGGGAGAAAGGAUAAAGAUGCCACUAUGCAAAAAAAAAAAAAAAAAUUAUAAUUCCACAAUGAAUUUCAUCUUUUUAAAUUGAAACAGAGAUAGUGUGUCAUUAUCUACAUUUUGUUAGCAAGGGGACAGUGAAAGCGCAACAAAAGUUGGGUCAGUAUCUUUACUGUUUGGUACACUGUAAAAAAAAAAAAAAAAAAAAAAUUAAUCUAGAAUGCAGUACUCCAUCCACAUUGUCCCCCUCCCUCCCUGGAAAAAAAAAGUCAUUCCUCAACUGCAAGUGAUACAUUAUAAAUAAAUGUAAAGAGGGCAACUUGGGGAAGAAAUAAAGAACAAAAAAAAAAAAGGGGAAAAACAAAA